AUGAAAUUAAAUAUAGAGAUCAUCUUUGUUUACAAUAUUCUAAGAAUUUUAGGUUGGAUUCAAGUAAUAAUAUUUUUGAUGUACCAAACCAGUUUAGAACUUACAGAAAUUACUACAAUUUCAAAUUUAGUUAGAAUAUUAACAGUAGCAAAACUCUUUGAAAUUAUUUUUAUAAAGCCACAAGAAAUAUUUGAUCAAAGAAAUCUUGUUAAAUACUAUUAAUAUUUAACUAGAAUUCUAGUUUUAUAUUUUUUGAUGUUUCCAGGUUUAUGUUUUUGCUCAUUUAGAAAUGCAAUUAGUGGAUGGGCAGUUUAAGAAGUUCUUGAAUCCUUAUACCAUUUAAGUAAAUCUGAAUAAAUCAAAUCUAUCAAAAAUUAUAUAUCAUCCUUUUUAAUUCCCUUUACUACAUUAGGAAUUAUAAGAAUAUUAAACAGGGUUGUUGAAAAAUAUGAUGAUGAAAUUGAAAUUUAUAGAAUUAUCUAAAUUUUGAUUAUCCUAUUGUCAAUCCAUCAAAUUUACAUAAAUAUCAUAACUCAUAACAAAUAAAAGUUCUAUAAACUUAAAAUGUAGAAAAAAACAUGA